AAACGGGAGUGGGAAAAACGUCGACCCUGUACGCAUAUAUACAAUUUUGUUAUAAACUGAUACCAUUUUCUAUAAUACUGUCGCGCUCUCGCCAUCUACCAGGACUGGAUUCAAAUAUAAAAAUAAAUAUGUGUAUAAGAUAAACUCAAGAUUUAUCGACAAAUAAAAAAUCUCUUUAAAUUAAUUUCAUAAAAAUUUUAUUAGACGGCACCCGCGAUAUUUUUAGCACGAUUUAUUCGAAUUUUGUUAGUAAAACUGAUUAAAUUUGGUGAUUUUUGUGAGUUGAUAAGAUACUGAGGCAGUGUUACCAUUUUAUAUAUAUAAAGGAUGAGUUAUUAUCAGAAUAAUGAGUUCCUCGGAGACAGCAGGACUGAAAGUUACAGCAGCUUUGCAGGAGCAAUCAGCUCUCGAGAACAGCUAACACAUAAAGACAAGGACAAUGCUGUAAAUCCUGUGGAAUUAAGAGACUUUCAGAAGUCCAUAGAAGCCGGCGAAUACGAUCCUUAUCUCUGUAGGGAAGUAGAACAUCCCACAACAAAUGUGGAAACAUUGAUUCAUCUUCUUAAGGGAAGUUUGGGAACUGGUAUCUUAGCCCUACCCUUGGCGUUUUCUCAUUCAGGCUACCUCCUAGGAAUCAUAGCCACGGCUCUUAUAGGACUUUUGUGUAAGCAUUGUAUACACUUGUUAAUUAAAUGCGAAUAUGAAUUAUGUAAAAGGAAGAAAAUACCUGUAAUGUCCUAUCCAGCUACGGCGGAAGCAGCUCUUCAGGAAGGACCUGAAUUCUUUCAAAAAUUUUCUUCUGCAGCUCCGCAUAUGGUAAACAUGUUUCUACUGGUUUAUCAGCUAGGCACUGGUACAGUGUAUACAGUAUUUAUUGGUGAAAACAUUAAAGAAGUAUUAUCAUGCCAUGGUAUUGAAAUUGACUCACGGUGGGUAAUGUUGGCUGCUCUAAUACCUUUAAUACUUAUUAACUAUGUUAGAAAUUUGAAAUAUUUGGCUCCAUUAUCUACUUUUGCAAACUUUGUGACAAUUGCAAGUUUUGGAAUUAUUGGUUACUACAUGUUUUCUCAAGAUUUUUCGUUUGAAGGAAGGGAAGCGUUUGGAGAAGUGAAAAGUUAUCCCUUGUACUUCGGUACGGUUUUAUUUGCUUUAGAAGCUAUUGGUGUGAUAAUGCCGCUGGAAAAUGAAAUGAAGACACCAAAAUACUUUGGUACUAGAUUUGGGGUUUUAAAUAUUGGUAUGACAGUUAUAAUAUUUUUAUAUACGUGUAUGGGAUUCUUUGGAUAUAUGGCUUUUGGUGACAAAGUUGGUGGAUCGAUUUCGUUUACAAUUGGAAAUGAAAUACCCGCACAAGUUUGCAAAUUAAUGUUGUCAUUGUCAAUAUAUAUUACACAUAGUCUUCAAAUGUAUCCUGCUAUUGAUACAGUCUGGAAUCAAUAUUUAAAGAAUUGGAUAGGAAAAAGUGACCACUUGUUCUUUUGGGAAUAUCUCACCAGAACUCUGAUGGUAGUUUUUUGUUUUAGUUUGGCUAUUGCAGUUCCAUACAUCGAGCUGUUCAUAUCUUUUUUUGGAGCGUUAACAGUUUCAGCGUUAGGAAUGGCCUUGCCAGCAAUUUUAGACCUUAGCACAUAUUGGGACGAUUUACGAGGAACUCGGGGUAUCUUAAUAAUUUGUAAAAACUGCUCCAUCAUCUUAAUAGGUGCCUUUGGGCUUGUCAUCGGCACUACAACAAGUCUUAGUGAGAUAUACAAGAAGUUUACGUGAUAUUUAUUUAUGUGAUAUAGUUUAUUAUUAGUUAUUGAAUAGUUUUUAGAUGAUGUAAAUAGUUUUAGUAAUAUUUAAACUAUUAUAUGACAAUAUACAAUAUAUUUUAUAAUGAACGUAGAAACAAUGAGAUAAAAGAAUAUAUAAUUUUUGUUUAUAACUUGUUCCAUCAAAAUUACUGUCUCUAUUAAUUAUAUUUAAUCAAUGCCAUAA